AUGCCUCCAAAGAAGGAAGACAUGGAAAAAGAACUCCAAGAGUUGCAGAAGAGAAUGAGGAAUGGAUGGAAAGCCAUGAUGGUCGAGGACAUCAAGAAGUUGAGGGGAAAAGAGAAGGGCAAAGGAGAUGAGUCAACAGACUCUGGAGAUGAAGAAGCAGAGGGGGAAGAAGAAAGACAGAGUAUCCAUGAGAUACCUACAAAUCAAAAGAUGUUCAUAGAUGUUGUGAAGGCGGCACAAACAGAACCUAAGGGGUCAACUUUGGUGUGGUGGAACUACACCCAAGGUGAAAGGGUGAAGAUGAGAAAGAAUAUGAUCAGUUCAUGGAGUAGAAUGGUGUCCCUAAUUAAGGCAAAAUUCAUGCCUACUGACUAUGAAACCCAAAUCAUCAAGAGGUUCGACAACUUGAAGCAAAAAGACUUGGAUGUGGAAUCCUACACAGAAGAGUUCCACAAGUUGAUUUUCAAGGCCAAUCAUCAUGAAGAUGAGAAGGAGAAGGUUGCUAGAUACCUAAAUGGACUCAAGUUCAGCAUACAAGAUGAGAUGAGCAUGGUGAUCCCAAGAACAGUGGAUGAGUGCUUCCAAAUGGCCUUAAGGGCUGAGGAAAAAUUGAGAAGAAGGGGAGACCAGAAUUAUAGAGGCAAAGGUGGAAGGAAUAACAGAGGUAGAAGGAACUUUGGGGGAAGGAAUCAGUUCCAAAAGUCUAAUGGAGAGACUAGUUACUAA